CGUUGGUACAACAACUAAGUACAAACACAGAGAUGUCGCUAAAGCUUAGCAUUUUCAUAGUGCUGUUAGCAGUUAUAUGCUGCUAUACACAAGGCGUAUUUGCCAAAGAGCAGCUAAGGGAUAAGCAAGAACAAGCACAAGGCGCUUUAGAAAGCACCAACAGUAAAUAUACCGAAAACCAACUGUCGGAAAAUAACAAUGAAGCUGCAAACAAUGUCGGGGACCAGUCAAAGCUUCAAACAGUGCUGAGGAAUGGAACUCAAGAUAACGAUAAAGAUGAUGUUGAUGGCCCCCGUCAACGACGCGCUAGACGCGGCAGGCGCCGCAAUAGAAGACGUCGUGGCGGUAGACGUCGCAGAAGAAGGGGACGUCGCGGUGGUAGACGUCGUAGGCGCAGAGGUGGCAGAAGGAGAAAUCGCAGACGAGGCUAAACAGUAUGAGACAUAAAUUAGAAAAAUAUCAUAAAAGUAUAAUUAAAUAAAUGAAAAAUGAAUGAAAA